CGGCGGCGGCGGCGGCGGCAACAGCGCCCCGGGCCCGCCGCCCCCUCCCCGGGGGGAAGCCGCUGCAUGGGGCGGGGGUGCUCCCCCUGCUGUGCUGAGCCGAGGAGGAGGCGGCUGAGCCCCCAGGCAGGCUGGGGCUGAGCCUGGGGCCGGGGCGGGAGCUCCGGGGGGACCAUGCCCGGAGGCCGGCCGGGCGCAGUAUGGCUCACGGGCCCGGCGCGCUGAUGCUGAAGUGCGUGGUGGUCGGCGACGGGGCGGUGGGCAAGACGUGCCUGCUCAUGAGCUACGCCAACGACGCCUUCCCCGAGGAGUACGUCCCCACUGUCUUUGACCAUUAUGCAGUCAGCGUGACCGUGGGUGGGAAGCAGUAUCUCCUGGGACUCUACGACACAGCUGGUCAGGAAGACUAUGAUCGCCUGAGACCUUUAUCUUAUCCUAUGACUGACGUCUUCCUUAUAUGUUUUUCUGUUGUAAACCCAGCCUCCUUUCAAAAUGUGAAGGAGGAGUGGGUCCCAGAAUUAAAGGAAUAUGCACCGAAUGUACCCUUCUUAUUAAUAGGAACCCAGAUUGAUCUUCGAGAUGACCCCAAAACUUUAGCAAGACUGAAUGAUAUGAAAGAAAAACCUGUAUGUGUGGAACAAGGACAAAAAUUAGCAAAAGAGAUAGGAGCAUGCUGCUAUGUGGAGUGCUCAGCUUUAACACAGAAGGGUCUGAAGACAGUUUUUGAUGAAGCUAUCAUAGCCAUUUUAACUCCAAAGAAACACACGGUGAAAAAAAGAAUAGGAUCAAGAUGCAUAAACUGUUGUUUGAUCACGUGAGACAGGGCUGCUUUGGCCAGGAAUACUAUGUAUUUCUCUCCCACUAUAGGAAACGGUACAUUAGAAGCUGAGGUCAAGAAAGUAACUGCCUUCAGAAAUCUGUGAAGUUCAUUAAGAAUAGCCAUCCACAGGCCAGGAAGCAGCCAACAGCAUCUGAAGCCACAAUCUGUUACAAAUACUUUAUUUUCAGCUAGAAGGUACAAUCUCUCAGGGGUUUCAUAGUUUAAAAAGCUACAACCACACACCAUGUUGCAACUGCAUAAAAAAUGCUGUAAAUGGAAUUGCUUGGCUUUGUAGUAUAAUACUUCAGAAGGUUUGAAUCUUCUGCUUUGACCACAAAAUUUUCUGCACAGUCUUUAUGGAAUCUGCACAAAGAAACGCUUUCUCUUUUGCUCCACUUAUCUGCUCUUGUAUGUGAGCUGCUUCCUGUUCCUGUAAAUCCAGACAGGGGAAAUGAGAAGACCAGCCACGUACCCAAAGGUGGCUCCCAGCGUACAGGAGAUGGGCCAGACCUAAGGAGAGAAUGUGGGAUACAAGAGGGAAAAUGUUUUAUCUCGUACUUGAGCACAAGUUCUGUGUAAUCUAAACAUUUCUAUUUUAAAGCUUAAUAUGCUUUCCUAAUGAAUGCCAAAACUGUAAUAAGAUUAUACUUGCAUUUAUCACAAACACUAAAUGCUGUACAGUUUUUAGUUAAUGUGCAAUUAAGAUAUAUCUGGACUUCUGCCAACUGUAGAUUUAGUUUGAUGCUCCCAAAACUUGCAUGAAAAACAUGCUAAAACUUAAGUUUUGGGUUAGACUUAUUGAAUAUCUUCCCAUUUUGCUGUAUAUCUUGGGCUCAAUUCAGAUCUUCAAAGCAGUCCAUUUUUAUAAAAAAUAUAUUCUUGCCCUGUUGCUGUGGAUGUGUACACUAAAGAAGGAAUAUGUGGUCACCAAACACAGAAAAAUCUUUGAACUGUAUAAAAUGAGGAAAGAAACCUAGAAAUCAAAACAAGUGACAUAAAAUUUAUAACAGAACAGAAGCUGUCAAAAGAAGUCCUUUGGAGAACUCCUCCCCGCCAAAAGAGCUAAGAUUAAACAUCCUGUAGGUUUCCUUUCAGACUUGAUAAUAGGAUAAUAAAUACACAGACUGGUCUUUGUGAUCAUCUAGACCAGGGAUUCUUAACUUUGUUUUAUGGAUCCCUUCUUAGAAUGUUUUUAUAUGCAUAAAUCACAAAAGAUUACAAAGAAGACCAAUUAUUGAAAUACAGUUACCAAAUUGUUUUUAAAAACAAGUUCAUGGUCACAAGGUUAAGAAGCCCUAACAGAUUCUAGAUUAAUCCCUUCCCUCUUUUUUAUGAAUGGAAAUAUUUAGGGGACACAGAGGUGAAGGGAUUUACCCAAAAUUACAAAGGCAGUAAGUGGUAAAACCAGAAUUUGAAACCAGAUCUUAACUUCCAACUCCUGUACUCUGAACACUGCUAGUCUUUAAAUCAAUUUCUUGAGCCUUACAAAAACAGGAGUAAGGAAUGUUGACUUUAUUACCUAUUGGAUCACAGAAUUUCAGAGUUGGAAGGGACUUAAGAGAUCACCAAUCCAAACCUUAUAUGAAAAAGGAUUCUCUACACAAUGUACCCUAUAAGCAGCCCCCUGACUUUUGUUAAAAGGGCUCAAACAGGAAGGGGAAAUCAGCCUUGUUCCAAAAUAUCCUAUUCUCUCCUUUUAAAUUUUUCUUUGUAUCAAGUCUAAAUUUCCUCUUCUUUAACGUGUGCCCUAAUUUGUGGUACUCAGAACUAAAGAUUUUAUUCCACAUACGGUUUGAUUUGCUUUCAGACAAACUUCAGUCAUAACUACUUUCCAACUUUGGACUUACAAAAAUGAAUUUUUGAAUCCAAGUGAGUCUUUCCAUUUAUUACUAUUAAAUUUCUUACUCUUGGAUUUGGCCCAAUAUUUUAUUCCAUUAAGAUCUUUUGAAUGCUAUCAUCCAGCGUAUCAGCUUUCUCUCACAAUUCUGAAUCAUCUGCAUGUUUUUAAAAGCACACCAUCUAUCCUUUUAUCCAUGAUAAAAACACCAAACAGCACAAGACCAAGCACAGAUGCCCAGAAUACUCCAUUGGAGUCAUCCUAAGCUGGCACCAACCCGUUAAAAAUGACUCUGACCCCCUCCCCCAAUGAUUCAAUUAACUUCAAAUCUACCUAAAUGUAUUACUAGCUAACUUUGUUCUCUCCCCCCCCCCCAAUUUCCUCCCACAAGAUUAGCACGAGAUUUCAUCAAAUACUUUAGUAAAGUAGAUCUCAUUUGCCCUGAUCUAACACUGUGGCAAUUGU